GAGUAUACGCGUCUCUCACUAGAUUCACAUUUAAUAUUUAUCAUUUGCUCCACAUAAGAUUCUCUCUUCCAAACCUCCUAAACUUUCAUUAUCCAUGAGCUGAGCUCCACACUGCUCUGAUUGAACUCGGUUGAAGUAAAAAAGCAUCGUAUUUAUACACAGGCCUCCAGAACGGAGGAAGGCAAACUCACACUCUCUCUCUCUCUAUCUGUCUCUCCCCCUCUCUGUCUCUCCCCCUCUGAAGCCAUGAUACUCUUCUUCCAUCCGAAUGGUCUCUGCUCUUCCUUGCUCCUCUUGGUUAUCAUCUUCUUCUCCUUGUGCCUUUUCGCGCCAGCAAAAUGCCAAAGUAGUGAGAGCAAAAGGACCAACUAUCUUAAACUGAAGCUCCUGCACAGAAGGGCGCUCUCCUCGCCUUUCCACAUAGAGGAAGCCAUCGACGACGACUCCACCAGGCUGCUCUCUCUCUUCGCCACUCUUUCCGCCAACAUCACCCUCAAGGCGCCCGUCGUCUCCGGCGCCUCCCUCGGCUCCGGCCAGUACUUAGUCGACUUCCGCAUCGGCACUCCUCCGCAGAAGCUCCUGCUCGUCGCCGACACCGGCAGCGACCUUGUCUGGGUACGCUGCUCAGCCUGCCGCGACUGCAGCAGGCACCGGGCUGGCUCCGCCUUCUUUCCCCGUCACUCCACCAGCUUCGCCGCCAACCAUUGCUACUCCCGGGCUUGCAGCCUCGUCGCCCACCCGCCACAUUCUCGCUGCAACCACACCCGAUUGCACAGCUCCUGCUUGUAUGAGUACACCUACGGCGACCGCUCCGUUUCUUCCGGUAUCUUCUCCAGGGAGACGGCCACACUCAACACGAGCUCCGGCGACUUGGUUCACCUCCGGAAUAUCUCCUACGGCUGCGGGUUUCGCGCUUCCGGCGCGAGUCUGACGGGGCCGAGAUUCGCCGGCGCCAAUGGGGUCAUGGGCCUGGGCCGGGGGCCGAUCUCGUUCGCUUCUCAAUUGGGCAGCCGGUUCGGCAACAAGUUCUCUUACUGCCUGAUGGACUACACUAUUUCGCCGUCGCCCACGAGCUUCCUCCUCCUCGGCGACGCCCAGCAGAGGAACAUGGCGCCCCUUCAGAAGAACAUGAGCUUCACGCCGCUACGGAGCAACCCCCUCUCCCCGACCUUCUACUACGUCGGAAUCCGCCGCGUGAGCGUCGACGGCGCGUUGCUGCCCAUCGACCCUUCCGUCUGGGCGAUCGAUGACUUCGGCAACGGCGGCACCGUCGUCGACUCGGGUACGACCCUGAGCUUCUUCCUCGAGCCGGCGUACACGCAAAUACUGCGCGCGCUCGAGAGGAAAGUGAAGCUGCCGCGGUUGGAGCGAGGGGUGGCGUCGCUGGACCUGUGCGUGAACGCCAGCGCCGACGAGGGAACCGCGAGGGCGAGGCUACCGAGGUUGACGUUCCACAUGGACGGUGGCGCGGUCUUUUCUCCUCCGGUGAGGAACUACUUCAUAGAGGUGGCGCCAGGGGUGAAGUGCCUGGCCAUGAGGCGGGCGGAGGCGGGCGGCUCCGGCUUCUCCGUCAUUGGCAACCUGAUGCAGCAAGGCUUUCUCUUCAUGUUCGACACCGAGAGGUCGCGGGUCGGCUUUUCCCCCGCCGUUUGCGACGCCUUGUGAGUUUGGGAGACAGGUUUUUUAAGACAGAACCGGGGAAAUUGUUUGUUGGUUCCAUUAAAACAGAGAAAAAAGAGAUGAUGUUGCCUUCUUUACUUUCUCUUUUCCCCUUCUUAUUUUUUGUUCGUUUUUGUUGCCGUGUUUUCUACUUUUUUUUUUUUUUUUCUCUUUCUCCUUUUCGUCUUCUCUCUUCGCUUGCUAUAAUCCAUUAAGAGAGGUUCUCCUUGCUCUUCUUGCACUUGCUCAUUGAGAAUAAACGCACAUUAUUUGGUCUUCUC